AUAAACAACUAAGAAGCUAAACACCGAUGCCCGGCCACUCUCGCCAAACGAACCGGAUGUAAAUCUUUCAAGAAAAUUAAUAUUUGAUGCGAUUUUGCAUACUUCGAUUUACUGUUUUAUUAUUGCAAAGUAGCAGGUCACACAAGCACGGGAUACAACCACGUCGAAACGGUAGGUGUAAUAAAAGUCGAUGCUACAUAUCUCCAACUCUCUUGCAGCUCUGCUAUAAAAAAUUGUCGCUGAUUAUCGCACGCACGCGAGAUUCGUUUUACUGACGAUUUAUCAAAGUCGGCCCUCGGGGCGAUCGGACGAGAGAGAAAGAGCAUUUGGCGGAGAUGCUGCGGUGGAUGCGAAUGAAAUCAGCAUCCAGCAUGGGGAGUUCUGGUUGUUGGGGAUUACUCAAUAUCUGUGUUGUGACCUUUUUCAUGGAAAUAACCAGGACGUUAGCAGCUGCAGAUGCAACGUCUUCUUCCUUCUUAUCAAGUCUUUCCCAAUCACAGUACCCUCAACAAUCCAGAACAUAUGACACAUCUGCCAAUGGCGGCGCAGAAUCUCUCAGCGCCCCCAAUCCAGUACUCGUAUCGAUAUCGUCGUCGAUAGCCAAUCAGAAUUCACCAGUGCCAUUUGCGUACUCGUCAAAUGGUAUCAGUCGCACUUCCUAUCCCUCUUAUGUCGGUUAUCCUGUGUAUCCUAGCUCUUAUGCACCAAACGCAGGUUAUUCUGUUCCAAGCGGGGCCGUAUCCUUAGGGAGGAGUUACACAGGCAACAGUUACAGCUACAGCAACCCCAAUUCGUAUGCAGCGUAUCCGUCUGCCUCGUACAGUCAGCCGAGCGGCGCCGUCAAUACCGCCCCCGUCGUCGCUGCAUCGGCGCUACAAGCCAGUCCGCGAUCAUUUUCCCCGUACGGCAGCACUAAUAAUUAUCUCUCUAAUAAUGCUUAUUCGAACACGUACAAGCAGUCGACGCCCACCCCCGUCACCCUGCAGUCGCUCCCCUAUCAGACUAACAUAGCCAACUAUGACUUAUCUUAUCGCAGCUCCGACCCGGCCGAACCCGACGACCCGGCCGACGGCGACCAGACCAAAAAGAUCAGCUUCGCCCUGCCCAAUCCGCCCACCGGCUUCAGCGCCCCCAAUGUGCAGCGGAAUCGGGAGAAUGUGGGACAACUACUGAAUCAGCUGGUGGACACCGGGCUAAGCGCCCGCACGACCUUCCAGACCGGCACAACCGAGUACAAUAACGGGAUUGGAAAUAAUUAUGCGGCCAGUAAUACACCGCAAGGUGCGACGUACAAUGGCCCGGCGCAGAGCUAUGCCCGCGCCACCGGCUACGGACAAGAUGGUUAUGCGCAGAAUAGCCCCAAUGUGGCAUCUGGUUCGGUGUAUAAUCCUGGUUAUGGAACCAAUUCUUAUCCGUCAUAUUAUGGCGCAACGAAUAAGAAUUACGGUUUCGGAUCGUUCUCGGCGGCGUCGCUUUAUCCUUUUUAUCUGUAUUACCCCGUUGAAUAUGGAUACGAUCAAGGGGAACAAUCCGUAUUACCAACCGGAUAUUUUCCUCUUGUCGGGUACAAGCGCCGUUAUGGAUAUCGUCGCGGUCCAUUCUAUGGUUAUGGGAUCUAUGUUGAUUACCCACCUUAUUUUGGUUUCGGAAAGGUCAAAGAUGGAUGGGGCUCUGAUCCCGAAGCGGAUCAGAUGGCCGCAGUAGCGUUAGACCAAGGAGCGGGAGCAUCGGCAGCGCAGUCAAUUUAUUCCAGUAACGGCAACUCCAACGCUCAGCAAGCCGGUGGCUACAAUCCCAACUAUGCUAACAACAAUGGAUACGGAGGCAAUGUUCAAACAACCGGAUACGGCGCUACACAGGCCGGAGGGUCGUACACAGCGGCCAACGCCAUGAUAUCCGGGCAGAACAACUACAACUCCGCGUCUUCCUAUCCCACCGCCUACGCCGCAACGGUUUCACCGACGUACCAGCAGAACGCCCAACCGGCUUAUUCGGGUCAGAACUACAACAGCCAGCAGAAUAACUACAUGCAGAACAGCGGGACACAACAGAACUACAACAGCAACAACGGCGCUUCGUAUGGUACGACAACAGGCAACGGUGGCCAGGCACAGUAUGGAUCGAACCAAGGAAGCAACGGACAAACAACAAAUUACAUGUACAAUAACUAUGCAGAUCCCUCACAAUACCAGGCAUCACAGUACAAUGGAAAUGGAAAAUAAUUCGUUAUGUCCCAGGUUUGCGAUGGUAUAAGGUUGUUUCGGUUGCUGUGCCACCGAUUGCUCAAUGAUGAAGUCUGCUUGUCAGACUUCGGUUCCGGUUAAUUGAAUACCAAAAAUUUGUCUUAUGACUGAUAUAUUGGAUUCUUUUCUCUUUUGUUUUGUCUAAAUGUUUUCGAGGUCAACGUACAGAAACGUAAAUAGAUGUUUUCAUGUACUUACGACCGCGUGGACAAUUUCUGCUGACGAUAGCGGCACAUUUUGCUUUGCGACUGUCGUUUAGCCUAAAACGCGCUUUUAUGUGCGGUUGAUUGGACUCGUGUACUUUCUCAGUGUGGAUAUUUUGAUGUAGAAACUUUCCAGAUUGUGCCUAUUCGUUUUGUAAUUAUGCAAGCAGUGAGAAGGUGUUACUCGCAAUAAAAUUUUUCC